AUGGUUUGUCUCUCAGUGGACCCCCCAGUGACAUCCUGUAUGGAGGGGUUGUACCUACCCAUGUUCCUGUCUCCAACACCAGCCCAGGGUGCAGUGCUCUACGCCUCUGCAGACCAACCCCUGGAAAUCACUGUCAGAGCACAGGCUACCCAGUCCACGGUUUCAGAGCUGUUGGUGAGUGGACCUUCCAGUAUCACAGAGAACACCACUGUCCCAGGAGAGUACCUUCUAAGAUGGACGCCCACUGAGGAUGAGGAGGGAGGGUACUAUCCUGUGUGCUUCAUCGCUCAGGGAGUGAACGACAGUUCCAUGUAUCACUCUGAGCUGCGCUGUCUGAUCGUCAGGGUUGGAAACACAAGUGCCAUCAGAACCACAGAGGAACCAACAACCUCCCCUCCUCUGACAAUAAACCUCACAACCACAUCGGAACCAACAACCUCCCCUCCUCUGAUAAUAAUCCUCACAACAACAGAGGAACCAACACCCUCCCCUCCUCUGACAACAAACCUCACGACCACAGAGGAACCAACAACCUCCCGUCCUCUGACAAUAAAUCUCACAACCACAGAGGAACCAUCACCCUCCCCUCCUCUGACAAUAAACCUCACGACCACAGAGGAACCAACAACCUCCCCUCCUCUGAUAAUAAACCUCACAACCACAGAGGAACCAACAACCUCCCCUCCUCUGACAAUAAACCUCACAACCACAGCGGAACCAACAACCUCCCCUCCUCUGACAAUAAACAUCACAACAACAGAGGAACCAACAACCUCCCCUCCUCUGACAAUAAACCUCACAACCACAGAGGAACCAACAAUCUCCCCUCCUCUGACAAUAAACCUCACAACCACAGAGGAACCAACAACCUCUCCUCCUCUGACAAUAAACCUCACAACCACAGAGGAACCAACAACCUCUCCUCCUCUGACAAUAAACCUCACAACCACAGAGGAACCAACAACCUCUCCUCCUCUGACAAUAAACCUCACAACCACAGAGGAACCAACAACCUCUCCUCCUCUAACAACAAACCUCACGACCACACAGAUUGCACCUGCACUUCCAAAUACCACCCAAACAACUACUGAACUCACAACCACACCCACAAAUGUCAGUACGUACGCUCCCACAACUACCACAGCUCCCACAACUACCACAGCACCCACAACUACCACAGCUCCCACAACUACCACAGCACCCACAACUACCACAGCACCCACAACUACCACAGCUCCCACAACUACCACAGCUCCCACAACUACCACAGCUCCCACAACUACCACAACUACCACAGCAUCCACAACUACCACAGCUCCCACAACUACCACAGCUCCCACAACUACCACAACUACCACAGCUCCCACAACUACCACAACUACCACAGCACCCACAACUACCACAGCACCCACAACUACCACAGCUCCCACAACUACCACAGCAUCCACAACUACCACAGCACCCACAACUACCACAGCACCCACAACUACCACAGCAUCCACAACUACCACAGCAUCCACAACUACCACAGCACCCACAACUCCCACAACUACCACAACUACCACAGCACCCACAACUACCACAACUACCACAGCUCCCACAACUACCACAGCACCCACAACUACCACAGCAUCCACAACUACCACAGCAUCCACAACUACCACAGCACCCACAACUCCCACAACUACCACAGCUCCCACAACUACCACAGCACCCACAACUACCACAGCUCCCACAACUACCACAGCAUCCACAACUACCACAGCAUCCACAACUACCACAGCAUCCACAACUACCACAGCACCCACAACUACCACAGCACCCACAACUUUAAGUACACAGCCAACCACCGAUCUCACAACCCAUAUUGUGGACGGUACAACAACGAGCAGUGGGCCUAGAUACGUUGCUGUACUGAGGAUAAAACUGUCCUCUCUGAACCCACUGACAGAUGAUUACAUCAGAAACGUGGUUUUACAACAGCUCCGCGAGGAACUGAUCAGACAAGGGCUGCCAGGGGACUUCGCGCUACGCCUGAGAGCCACUCAUGGGAUCAGUUCCUGAGGGACGAACAGGAAUUCAGAUCGACAUUCUUCACUCCUACUUGUCUUGUCUUCCUGGUUCUGAUUCUGCAGAAAUUCAUUUUGAAGAAGAAGUGGUUCCUUAUAAUGACAGAAUAUGGAUGAUUUGUACUAAUCUCUUGGGACAGACGCACGUAACAUAAAUUAUGAUUUUUGUUCAGGAUUAGUUGAAUGGACUUACUACUUCUGACUGGAUGUUAGUUGAAUGGACUGACUACUUCUGACUGGAUGUUAGUUGAAUGGACUGACUACUUCUGACUGGAUGUUAGUUGAAUGGACUGACUACUUCUGACUGGAUGUUAGUUG